CGGUAUAUAAACUCCCCGGAGGAUCAUCUUCUCAGUUCACUUCGCGUCUUCAGUUCUACAGCAAUAUGAAUAGCCAGUUGGCCAAGCUGGUCGUCUUGGUGCUGUCGUGCAUCGGCAGCGAUGUUCUGGCGGGUCUUCUGCCGGGGGGUGCUGCAGGAAGUGGAUAUCAAUACAGUCGACCAGGUAGUGGCGGAUUCGGUGGCGGUGGUGGAGGUGGCGGCGGAGGAUACGCAGGUGAUGCCGGUUUCGGCGGCAUCAGCAGAACAAGACCCAACCAGGCUUAUGGCCCACCCGGGAGCCAGGCUUACAGCCCACCCGGGGGCCAGACUUACGGCCCACCUGGGAGCGGCGGCGAUACUUUCGGCAGACCGAGUGCUUUCGGUGGACAGCCGUCGUCCUACAGACAACCACAAUUCGGUGACAGUGGCAGCGGUGGAUACCAGGAUCGUGGUGCUGGAGGAUUCCAAGGAGGAUAUGGAUAUGGUGGACGUGAUAGUGAGAGGCCUCAGCCGUACAGCUUCCAAUACGAAGUCAUCGAUCCGCCGAGCGGCAAUGAUUAUUCUCAACGCGAGAGUAGCGAUGGUAACGUUGUUCAAGGAGAAUACAAAGUUUUAUUGCCAGACUCGAGGACGCAGAUCGUCCGAUAUACAGCUGACGAUGUAAACGGAUAUAACGCGGAAGUUCAAUAUGAAGGGCAAGCUCAAUAUCCUCGCGCUGGAGGCUAUGGCGGCGGCGGUUAUCAAGGAGGUAGAGGUGGUGGCUUCGGCGGACCUGCAGGUGGUUUCGGCGGACCUGGGGGUGGUUUCGGCGGAUCCGGAGGUGGUUUCGGCGGACCAGGAGGUGGCUUCGGCGGAGACAGUGGCAGCAAUCAAUAUUUACCGCCGCGCAAUUCUUAUCGCAAAUAAUCAUCCACAACACGGGCUAUCUUACCAAAAUAACGACAUAUGCAUGACGCGCGCAUUUACGGAGACAACCGUCACGGACCUCCCUCGGCUUUUUUAUUCUGAAUACGAUAAUUCGCACCCAAUACAAACACACAUAAAAACACACACACACAUAUAUACCUCCUCCUCUUAAUCACCUGCGCAUCCACAGAUCACUUUCACUCGUAUUUAACAUUUACACGACGACUAAUUAGGGUAACUUCAUACGCAUGCAUGAGUGUGUAUGUGUUUAUAUAUAUAUUAUACGACAUAUUUUUUUGUAUACAUGAUAUAAUUGUGUACUGUAAAACAUACGCUUCUGUACUUUUCGUUAAGCGAUUAUCAAUCUCUUAUGUUAUGUAUUUACGUAUUUAUAUGAGCUUUGUAGUAAAAUAUGAAUGAAGUACCGUACGCGGCGUGAACCCCUGGUGGCGGAGUGGGAGAGUCGGUGAUCAAGUCAAUUACGCUAUAAAUUUAUUGUAUUUAACAAUUACUAAAAUAAAUUACAAACUAAGCACAAGUAUAUUAUCUCGAAACUUGCUACUUGGAUUUACCCAUGGAAAAAGAGCUGAGUCGUAUUAAG